CCCAUCCCACAGCUACUAUAAAUGAACUGCAAAUCCAUAUAAAACGGGGAGACUGUGCCAAACCCCCCCGCAACAUUCCCCACACAACCAUUUGUCAGAACAUUCUCAGCCUCAAUCGACCGAAAAUGUUCCCCCGUCUCGCUCUCGCUGUUUUCAGCACGGCCGUGGCCGUCCAUGCCCAGGCCACCGGCACCCCGGCCGCCCCGGCCAAACCUGCGCAUGUUGCCGGUCCUCUCCCUGCCAACGCCCCCGUCGCUGCUGGUGUCAACUACCCCAACAUGCCCACCUCGUGGCCGGACCCGGACCAAACAAAGGGCACCAUCAACAUCCCCGCUCUUUUGCAGGCUCCUUUGGUCGUUGAGGGUAUGAAGCGGGUGACCGCUGCUGUCCCUCCGGCCAUCCUCGCCCUAAACAGGUCGACUAUCAACGCUAACGGCACCGUCGUCUACCCCGGCGGUGCGGCUGGUCAGGCUACCAACUGCUACGGAGGUACCGGAUGCAGGAGGGCUGUGGAUCUUGCUACUUGCACUGCGGCCAACACAUGGGGUCUCACCUACGACGAUGGACCCACUGCCGCACCUGACAGCCCCAACUCCAACGACCUGUUGGCCGCUCUCGCCAAGCUUAACAACCAGAAGGCUACCUUCUUCGUUGCCGGUUCCCCCGCCUACUACAACCCGGCUACCCUGAAGGCAAUUUACGACGCGGGCCACGAGAUCGGUGUCCACACUUGGACGCACACCGCCAUGACGUCCGAGACCAACGAGCAAAUCGUUGCCGAGAUUCUCUACACCGAAGCUUUCAUCGUCAACACCAUCGGUGUGCGUCCCGCGUUCUUCCGUCCCCCCUACGGUGACCAGGACGACCGUGUCCGCGCCAUCAUCGCCGCCCUUGGAUACAAGAACAUCCUCUGGCAAGGUGACCGCGACACCGGAGACACUCUUGGCAGCGCUGGUCUCGCUACCACCGUCCCACUCGUGCAGAGCUGGUUCAAGGCCCAACCCGGCUUCAUCUCCCUGGAGCACAACAUCACACCCAACACCACGGCCAUCUCCAUCGCCGUCCUCAACGCUAUCGGCGCGACCCCGAACUUCCCAUUGAAGAUCCAGACCGUCGGACAGUGCCUUGGUCUGUCCCCUUACCUCAACGGCACGGCACCCCCCACCGUCGCCUCUAGCGCCAUUGCCAGCGCCACAGCCACCGCGGCCCCAGCGGUCUCCACCUCCAUCAACGUCUCCCAGGCAACCGUCGUUGUGACGCCCGGAGCGACCGCCGCCCCAUCCCCAAGCACCACCGCCAUCUCCGUCAACAACGGAGCGACCGGCCAGCAGGUGUCCCUGGCUGCUGGUGUCUUUGCCGCCAUCGCCGCCCUCUUCAUCUGAGCGUUGAACGCCUCGGGUUCGCAUCAUAUAUCUCAUUAUCCAUCUAUGUUGGCAUCCCAAUUAGUGGUCUCUAUCGCCGCUGCUGUAUAUCGUAGAAUUUUCAUCCCAUCAACCCCAUGUCAUGUGUUGAGAAGCGCAUGUUGGUAUUCGUUUAUUUUUUCAUUCUGUCAAAUAGACGUUGAUGUGCUUACAUUUAGAAAGGAGAAGUAAAGUGAAAUAAUGAUAAGUCUUUCCUCUCAAGAAAACGGCA